AUGACGAAUGCGAGGCGGAAAGUCACUUCCGCACAACGAUACAUUACACGAAUGCCCCUACGGGGGGAGCCGUCAUCGUUAGGCGACUCUUAUCAACAAGCAUAUAGAAGAUUCACAUCGCUUGAGCAAAGGCUCAAGCGGAAUGCAGACCUGUACAAAGAGUACAGGGCAUUCAUGAAUGAAUAUGAAACACUGGGACAUAUGGUACCAGUCACCACAGAAGACUUUCACAAAGUAAAGUAUUUCAUCCCUCACUCGUGUGUGGUGAAACCAGAUUCAACAUCCACCAAGGUUAGGGUGGUGUUCGACGCAAGUGCAAAGACGUCAACCGGAGUAUCCCUGAACGAUAUACAAAUCGUGGGACCAACCAUUCAAAAGGACUUAUUUGAUCUGCUAAUUGAUUUCAAGACGCACAACGACGUGCUAGUAGCAGAUAUUGCAAAGAUGUACAGACAAAUUCACAUCGCAUACACAGACACUUGGUUACAAUGUAUUUUGUGGCGCGACAGCCCCAAUGAUCAAUUGAAAGCGUAUAGACUGACGACUGUCACAUAUGGUGAAGCGUCUUCAUCAUUCUUGGCCUGUAGGGCACUACACGAAGCAGCUGAAGAUUAUCGGUCGGUAAAUCCGAGAAUUGCCGACACCAUUCAACGAUCGUUCUAUGUUGACAAUCUAAUGAUUGGAGCGUCCAACGCAGAUGAACUGACGGAGACGAAACGAGAAAUAGAGCAUGCAUUGUCACUUCAUGGAUUUCCACUUCGAAAGUGGGCAUCAAACAACGCAAGCGUACUGGAAGGAAUUCCAGAGAAAGACUUGGAACCAUUGAUCCAAGUUGGUGACCAAGAGGUCAUAAAGACAUUGGGGAUAGCCUGGAACCCCAAAACAGACGUGUUCCAGUUCAUCAGUACGAAAAACAUAGGUGAAACAUACGAAGCGCUCACAAAGCGACAGAUGGUCUCGAAGAUUUUGAGACUGUAUGACCCAAUCGGAUUGAUACAACCUGUAAUCAUUACAGCUAAAAUAUUGAUGCAAGAAUUGUGGACUUAUAACGUCAGCUGGGACGAUGAUGUUCCAGAUCAAGCACUAAGCUCAUGGAAGAAGUUCGAAGCUUCAUUAGUGGAGCUCAGCAAGAUAGAAAUACCUCGGAUGUCGACUCCGAGUCAUACGAUCGCACUAGAUUUACACGGAUUCAGUGACGCCUCCGAAAAGGCUUAUGGAUGCGUCAUUUACUUACAUGCAAUCAACUUAAAAGGAGAAGAGAGUACGAAUCUCUUAUGUUCGAAAUCGAGAGUGGCGCCUUUGAAGAAGGUCACUCUGCCCCGUCUGGAACUCUUGGCGGCGGCACUUCUAGCAGAACUAACUGCUAAAAUAAAGAGCAUUCUGGCCGGUCGAAUCUCGUCGGAAUAUUACUACAGUGAUUCACAAGUAGCGCUAAGUUGGAUCAAAUCUUCAAAUACACGUUGGGGAACCUUCAUUAGAAAUAGAGUGCAGAAGAUACACUCCACCACGAAUCCAGAGCAUUGGAAAUAUAUAUCUACGAAAGAAAAUCCGGCUGAUAUGGUUUCGAGAGGAAUUCCAGUCAGAAAAUUACGCGAAGCAAAACUAGAAUUUUGGUUACACGGACCGGAAUGUAUACGAAGAAGACAAUAUUAUCUGCAGAGCGGCUACGAAUACACUGCUGCUGCAGAACAGGAAGAGAUUAAAGAACCAAUAACACGAUUGGUAGCAGCAACAGGAAAGGCAUGCGAAGACUUAAUCGCAAAAUACCCGCACCAUCACACUCAUGACAAAACAGUAAGACACUUUGCAUGGCUGUGUAGAGCCAUAAACAAUAUGAAGAAGGUCAAUAAAGACACAGGCAUCAGAAACGAAAAGAGAUCGGGCCCACUCACCACCACUGAAUUGAAUGAAGGACUAACACUCGUAGUCCGAAUUAUGCAAGCCACUAUUUAUCCAAAUGAAGUAGCGGAAUUACGAAAAACUGGGAAGGUGCCUACGAAAGGACCUUUCCAGCAUCUCAACGCAAUCGUCAGAAAUGGAGUCAUACAUGUCACAGGGAGACUCCACAAUGCAGAAAUGCCCAUCUCACAAAAGAAUCCAAUAUUGAUUCCCAAAUCGCACCCAUUUUCGAGGGUAAUAAUUCAAAAAAUACAUGAGGAUAGAUUUCACGCCGGAACAGAUCUGGUAAUAAACGAAUUUCGACAAAGAUUUUGGAUGAGGGAUCUCCGAAGGACCGUACAAGGAGUCAUUCAACGAUGCAUCUUAUGUGCCAAAGCGCGGCCCAGACGUUUACAGCAACGAAUGGGACAACUGCCCUCGCCCAGGGUAAAUGAAUCAGUAGCGUUCACUCACACGGGAGUGGACUUAUGUGGGCCAUUCGAAGUAUAUCUCAAUCAAAAAUCGAAAUGCAAGACCACAGCAUAUGCUUGCAUCUUCAUAUGUUUUGUGACCAAAGCAGUUCACCUAGAAGUCGUCGAAGAUCAGUCGACGGCAGCGUUCAUAUCAGCACUUCUCCGUUUCACAUCAGUGAGGGGAAUACCCGAGGUUAUUUACUCCGACAAUGGGCGGAACUUUGUCGGGGCCAGCAGAGAACUCAAUCGUUUACGAAGAAUAUAUAACAAUGAAGUUUUUCAAAACAAAUUAGUUGAUAUUGCGGCAACUCACAGAAUAAGAUUUUCAUUCAUUCCACCCCGAAGCCCCAGCUUUGGAGGACUUUGGGAAGCGAACAUAAAGGUAGCCAAGCGGCUCUUUAGUGCAGCGGCCAGAGGAGCACAGCUAAACAUCAUGGAAUUGCAGACACUGUUCUACCAAGUGGCCGCAAUAAUGAAUUCGCGACCACUCACACCUGUUUACACGACGCCAGAUUCACCGACCGCGAUCACACCCGGUCAUUUUUUGAUAGCACGCCCAAUGCUAGCCGUGCCCAUCCCUACGCAGAGUGAGGAUGGAAGCAAUCUCACAACCAGAUGGAAACGAGUACAAUCGCAGCUCGAACAAUUUUGGAGAAGAUGGAGAGACGAGUAUCUCCACCAGUUACGUGAUUAUGCAAAAUGGACCAAGCAACAAGCCAACGUUAAGGUAGGCCAAAUCGUAUUGAUCGGAGACGAUCACCUUCCCGUAGCAAGGUGGCCUAUGGGAAUUGUCACACAAAUACACCCUGGAGAUGAUGGAGUAGUCCGAGUGGCAGUAGUGCGAACCGCUACCGGAAUUUACAAACGCAACGUGCGAACACUUGCUCCUCUACCAGUCGAGGAGCACACCAUUCAACCCAUUAUAGAAGAGUAUGACAACACAGCUGAUAACGAACAGCAAUCUCAAGCCGAAGCAAUCGAACUAGAAGACGAUCCCCCUCCCCAAGCACCCCAAAUGAUUUGGGACGGUAGACUACGCCCUCGUCCCAAAGGGGGGAGAAAAUGGAAGUACACGAAAUCAGAUUGGGUGACGACCCUAUGA